CGCGCCAUGAAUGACCGAAACAGCCGAAGGAGGACACUGAAGAAAGACGAUGAGGCCUUCGAGAUCUCCAUCCCCUUCGAUGAGACGCCCCACCUAGACCCACAGAUCUUUUACAGUCUGAGCCCCUCUCGGGGGAACUUCGAGGAGCCUCCGGAGGCCGCAUCCCCGACCGUGGCCCUGAUGAAUGGUGUCAGGGCCCAGCUGCACAUGGCUCUGGAGAGAAACUCAUGGUUGCAGAAGCGCAUCGAGGACCUGGAGGAGGAGAGGGACUUCUUACGGUGUCAGCUAGACAAGUUUAUCUCCUCUGCCCGCAUAGAUGCAGAGGACCACUGCCGGGUGAAGCCUGGGCCCAGGCGGAUUGAGGGGGAUGGCCGGGGUGGGGCUGGGGGCGAGGCCUCAGACCCUGAGUCAGCGGCCUCCUCGGUCAGCGGAGCGUCUGAAGAAGGCAGUACCAUGGAGAGGAAGAGGCAGAAGCAGAAAGGAGGUGCUGGCCGGAGGCGCUUUGGGAAGCCCAAGGCACGGGAGAGGCAGCGGGUGAAGGAUGCAGACGGCGUCCUCUGCCGCUACAAGAAGAUCCUGGGCACCUUCCAGAAGUUGAAGAGCAUGUCUCGGGCCUUUGAGCACCACCGAGUAGAUCGCAACACGGUGGCGCUGACUACGCCCAUCGCGGAGCUGCUCAUCGUGGCCCCGGAGAAGCUGGCGGAGGUGGGCGAGUUCGACCCCUCUAAGGAGCGUCUGCUCGAGUACUCGCGCCGCUGCUUCCUGGCCCUGGACGACGAGACCCUCAAGAAGGUGCAGGCCCUCAAGAAGAGCAAGCUGCUGCUUCCCAUCACCUACCGCUUCAAGCGGUGAUCCUGCCCACCUGGCCCAGGACGCGCCCGUCGGCCCCCACUUCCCCCCCUCCUGUGCCCCUCCUGGCACCGAGCGAGCGUGUGCAUGAGUGGUGUGCCCCUCCAGAGGGCCUGGGGUGUUUCUGCGUGUGCCUCUCCGGCUCCUGCAGACCCCCACUCCCACCCCGGGGCCCCUGUAUGUAGAUCUGGUCCCCUCCUUGCCUCUCACGGCCCUAGCACCCUCCCCUUCCUCCGCAUUCCCUGGGGAGGGGCGUCCACAUAGCCAGGCUCCCAAGAGCUACCGCCCAGGGGUCGGUUUCUGCCCUUUCCCAAAUACUGGCACCCCUCUCACGCGAGCUGCA